CCCACCCUCUUCCUAACCUCAAGUCGUCUCCUCUUCUUCUUCCUCUUCCUCCUCUCCUCUCCUCUCCUCUCCCAACACCAAAACCCAAGAAACCCACACCCCACGAACGCGCGCGCGCAGGGGAGGCAUCAAUGGAGCCGUCCACCAAGCAGCUCCUCCCGAUGCCUCAGCAAGACCCCAACUCGCCUUCGUCUUCUACCUCAUCGUCGUCGUCGUCAUCCACCUCGCCGUCUCACCCGAACCACCGUGCACCACUGCACCCUAACCUUCCACCGUCUCCGAGGCCCGUCCCCCGCACCAUCGAGACCACUCCCUUCCCCACCACCUUCGUGCAGGCCGACACCGCCUCCUUCAAGCAGGUUGUGCAGAUGCUCACCGGCGCCGAGCAACCCUCCAAGAACGCCACCACGGCGGCGACAACGGCCGCAGGAAACAGCAGCGCCGGAAUUGGUGGCAGCCAGGGGGCGAACGGGCCGUGCCGUCCCAAGAAGCCGGCUUUCAAGCUGUACGAGCGGCGGAGCAGUCUCAAGAACCUCAAGAUGAUCGCACCGCUCGCGAUGGGGGCGCUGCCAUCGCCGGGCAGGAAGGCCGGCACGCCGGAGAUUCUCUCGCCGAGCGUUCUGGACUUCCCGUCCCUCAAACUCAGCCCGGUCACGCCGCUCACCGGCGAGCCCUUCAACCGCUCGCCGGCCUCGUCCUCCGAGGAUGCCGAGCGCACCGCCAUAUCCGAGAGGGGGUUCUUCCUCCACCCCUCGCCGCGGGGCGCCGAGCCGCCGCGCCUGCUCCCGCUCUUCCCGGUCACCUCGCCGAGGAUGGCCGCCUCCGCGGCGGCGCCGUCCGAAUGAGUGAACCCAAAAGCUCCCGCUUUUGCGAGUGCCUCAUAACUAUCAAGUAAUCGACGAGUUACAACUACUGCUACUACCUCUCUCGCUGUACUGUUCCUCUUCGCAGUUCUAGUUUUGUGGCUGUUGUUCUUGAUCUGCUGCUGCCCUGCUGCUGUAAUUUUUGCCCCCUUCUCUGAAGGAGGAAGGGAGUUUCUUUUUCUUCUUUGGAGACCCGACACGCGAACGAUUGUACAACCGGAGCUCUAGAUUUCGGCUUCGGUUUCUCGAUCGCUUGCGGGCACUCCGAAAGGAUGGAUCAAUCGAUUAAUUAAGCUUAAUUUUGAGCUUGCUGUUCUAA